CAGACAAUGAACUGGCUGGGAUUUCAGUCUGAGAUGGUGAUAUCCCAGUAAGAGUCAUGGGCUCUAGAGAAGAUCUGGACUGGGAGAAUACGACUGACGCUUACACAGAUCUUCCCGGCAAUGGGACAGACUACGGGAAUAAAACCACCCCCAUAUACUCCAUCGGGCCGGACUUCAUAGCCCAGUGGAAGCUGAGAAAGCAGCGGGAGAGGUUGUGCAGAUAUGUGUACCAGAGGCUCUUCACGGAGCAAUGCAGAUACACUUACAACAUGACCAAUGUGUUCGGUAACCUCUGGAGUCAGGGCAGUGGGUAUGCUUCGUGGGGCAACGGAGACAUGGUAGCCGACUACGACUCCGACUCCGGGGUGGUCGAAUGGAGCAACUCUUCGGCGGCCAACACGACAGACCCCUUGUCAGACAACCUGACCACCACUCCCGGGGUCACUGAGCUCACUCCUGUACUGCCGGUGUUCGAGCCGUGGCAAAGCUUCUUGAUCGCGCUCUUCAUCGGAGUCUGCAUCGUCCUCACGGUGGGGGGCAACAUCCUUGUGCUCAUGGCUUUCAUCGUGGACCGCACCAUACGGCAACCCAGCAACUAUUUCAUCGCUUCCCUAGCAGCCACCGACAUGCUCAUCGGGACUGUGUCAAUGCCGUUCUACACAGUUUACGUGCUGAUGGGCUACUGGGACUUAGGGCCUAUCCUGUGUGACCUGUGGCUCAGUGUAGACUACACAGUCUGUCUGGUCUCUCAAUACACUGUACUUCUUAUCACUAUAGACAGGUUCUGCUCGGUGAAGAUCGCAGCCAAGUACCGCAGCUGGCGCACCAAGAACCGGGUCAUCUGGAUGGUAACAAUCACCUGGAUCAUCCCAGCUCUGUUGUUCUUCAUCAGUAUCUUCGGUUGGGAGCAUUUCGUCGGCUUCCGAGACCUACUUCCAGGUCAAUGCACUGUGCAGUUCCUCAAAGAUCCAGUGUUCAACACAGCCUUGAUCAUCGGUUACUACUGGACUACCCUCGUGGUGCUGUUCAUCUUGUAUGGAGGCAUUUACAAGGUAGCCUACGACAUGCAGAAGAAGAGUGAGGCAAAACAAAGAAAAAUGCAGUCAAUGGUGGCCUUGAGUGCGGGUGCUAUGUCAGGCAUGGCCGGGAGAGCCGCUGGUAUCGGAUUGUCCAAGACACAGAGCACACUUCUAAGUCAAGAUAAGCCUAAAUCUACUAUAAUAGGAGGAAAUACGUCAGGACCCUCUCAAGUAAGUCAACAGAUCAGCGGAGAGUCUACUUCCAGUCAGAAGAAGUCCUCUAUCACGGGUACUUCCAGUAACAUGACGGAUGGCACAUCGAGCUCAGCCGAGAAAAGACCUAAUCAAAAUGGAGCAAAUGACCAAGAAAAAUCCGAACGAUCCAGUAGUCCAGCUUUUGACUCAGAUGAAGACAGUACAGCUGUCCCAAAAGAAUCACUGACCGUUCAAAAAAUUGAUUGGUCCAAAAAGAGAUCAUCCAUCGCUAACAUCGUCGUGAGUUCGGGUGCCCUGCAGGCCUUCAUGAACGCUAGCAACGCUCGUCUCAACGGGACGAUCCCCACAAAGUCGCCAGAAGCUCCUGCGUCUGCGGUCGCAAAACCGGUAUCACACCCGACAACUCCUGUUUCUGAGUUCAUUCCUACUGGUGGUCUUCCAUUAAUCCCAGAAGCGAGCUUACUAGAUACCGACAACCCGUCAGAGGCUACGCCUGGCAACUUGUCAUCAAAAACGUUAACCCCCGUCUUGGCGAUGAAGGAAGAUUUUAUCAAGGAAGAUUCCAGGAGCGUGAAAUCGGCUUCAGAAGCGUCAUCUAUACCCGCAUCGAGUAUUCAUUCCCACCAAUCACAACGUUCUCAUCCAUCCCACCAAUCGUUGCACUCUCACCAAUCGAUGCAGUCCCAUCAGUCUUUACAAUCCCAACAGUCCCAUCCGUCUCAUCAGAGUCACCAGUCUCAAGGAAUAAUUCCUCCCCCCGCCCAAUUUCAAGGGAGUACACCCGGAUCAGACGCGUCUCUGAUCUGCUCAGAUCGGCCUAGAAGCCUGCUAGUGAGCAACACACAUGGUGUGUAUAAUGUCACGUAUGACAUACUCGUCGGUUUAGACAACUCGGACCUGAAGUACAUGGACGAAAGUUCGGUGAUAGUAGCCUCUCCCGGUGUGGAAAGCCCACCUUCUUCCCUGAGCUUUCCCAUAAGCUCUACUACCGCACCACCGUCACCCGUUCACAACGUGAUGACCGUUACCAACACUUCUCUUCUGCAAGCAGCGCUCAUCCGCGCGGCUGCACAGCAAGUGGGCGGUACUCCUCCGAAAGGAGCGACACCUCCGAUCACCAAAGUCAAUACUGAAGUCAGUCUCAAUUCUCUAGAAAGUCAAAAACCCGUCACGUCAGUUGUGCCCGUGGAAGAAUGUACGACGACAGAAGUCGCCAGCGGGACCCCAGCGACAAUCAUAUCGACCACCUCCAACUCCGUGGCCACUAUUCAGAACAUACAAUCGGCGCCUCCUACGCCAGAAAUAAAGAAAGAGUCUCUUAAGAAAAAGGAUUCUUCAGAAAAAAGAGAAGGCUCGAGGAGAGACUUUGUAAAGACGAUCGGUAAAAGACUUAAAGCCAAAGGCAAGAAAGGUAUCGAGAGGCAAAAGUCAAAAUCGGAAAACAGGGCGCGAAAGGCAUUCCGCACGAUAUCAUUUAUAUUAGGUGCUUUUGUCGCUUGCUGGACUCCUUACCACAUUUUAGCGUUGGUGGAAGGGUUUUGUAACGAUCCUCCCUGCACUAACGAGUAUCUUUAUCUUUUUUCGUACUUCCUAUGCUACGCUAACAGCCCUAUGAAUCCUUUCUGCUACGCACUCGCUAAUCAUCAGUUUAAAAAGACGUUUACCAGACUGUUGAAAGGUGAUUUCCAUAUGACGUGAAUGGUAUUACUGUUUCUUGACCUCCUUCAAAUAUUUUAAGUCUUAGAUUACCUAUUUCGUGUAGGGAACUGUCGAACUCAUGCUCAUAAAUCGUUCUCAACUUCGUCAAGUCCACUGAAAAUUCAAAAAAGUAGCAUAUUUUUACAGCCUAAAAUUAUUGACUAUUUACGUAGUGGAGUAAUAAACCAAAUACGUUGGAGUAAAUUUUGUGUGGUAGUAUUGUAAUUAAAACUGUUUCUCCUCUUAAUAAUUAAUUGUCUUAAAUAAGUUCUAAAGAGUGCGCUUGUUUAAAUACAAGCGAUACUUAUAAAUUAAAUAAAGAUCACUAAAAGCGUGUUAUUGUGACAGAAAUACGUUAUAAACGUAAAGCACAGUCUAUUUUUUCUUUCAUCGAGUGUACAGAUUUAAUUGUGUUGUACAUUUCAAAUUUUAGGAAUUCUGUAUCUCUACGUAACGUCUUCAGGCAGUGCAAGAACUUCUACCCCAUCUGAAACUACGCUUUAGUCACUCCCCGGCCGGGUGUGGCAUCCCUAGCUUACGAACCGUUCUAGGUUUCUAGUCUAAGUAAGUGUAGUAUAUAUUUUUGUAUCGCUGGGACGAGUUCAGUGACCGGUAUUAGAUGUAGGACUAGGAUGGCCGUGUCUCGUGUCGUGGUCCGGCCCCGACAAUAGUCAUCGUUUAUCGUUUAUCGUCAUUGUAUCGUAACGUUGUAGAGUGUCUAGCUGUUUGUUAUACCUGUAUGCUUGUUAUAUUUCGGUUGUGUUUGUAAGCGUAUUGUAUUGAAUUUUAUAACAUAUUUAGUAUUUGCUAAGCCUAGUAUACCAGUUAUUUUGUUUUAAUGAAUAACAAUAGUGCUGUGGAUUUAUAACAAUCAAAAUUAGAUUUUAAUAUUGUGUAAAUAUAAUGAGAAGUUAUAAAACAUUGUUUCGCUGACGGUUCGUUGGAAUUGAAAUUUAAAACCAAACAUGAAUAUGCCUUACGUAAUAAAAAAUAGAACUCGUUUAAAAUUUUAUGAUUUUAUUAUUAAGUGAAUAUUGGAAAUCAAUGACAUCGGCAGUGUGCAGUAUGCUGAUUUAAUUUGUAAUUGUGUAUAUCAUGAUGUUGAUUUAUAAGCAUAUAUAGACGAUUAACGUAAAUAAUGUUGAUAAUUAUAAUACGAGUAUAUUAAUUUUUAUAACUAGAUGAUAAUUUUGUAACAUUUUUUAUGAACACGGCUUGUUAGUGUUUAGUCAAAGGGUCGAUAUUCAGAGCAAGAAAGGUUUUGUAAAAUGUAUUUUUAGUCAUUUAUAAAAAAAAUCAAUAUUUUCAAUUUUUAUCUAUAACGGCAAUGGCAUGAUUACUGGUCAGUUUCGUAAGCUUAAUUUUUAGAACUGGAUUCUGUGGAAAUUUUAGCAAAUAAGACUAAGGAGACCCGAUACCUAUUGUUGUUGUCAAACAAGAGAGUAAUUUUGUAUAAAAUAUUCAAAAUGACUUAAUUUUAAAUUCUUAAUUACGUUUAUUGCUUUUUUAUAUUCUUUGCAAACUUUAAACUUUCUUGUAAAGUAACUUUAAUAUUGGUGUUAUUUUUGUUAACUGAUGUAACCGAUCUUCUAAUUCAGUGUUAGUCCAUGUUGUUGAAAGCAGUCGUCAGUGUCCUAAGAUUCCAAUGGUAGCCGAUCAUUGUCUGCUCGGUUAAUAUCAUGUUCAUGAUUGCACUCCUCAGUUCGCCACAAAACGGUUUUACCCACAAUUGUGUUGUAUCGGAACCGACGAUCGGAUCUCGUGUAAGCAUGAAAAUAUCUAGAACUGUUAUGUUUUAGAUUAGCUUAUUAAAAUUUGUUGCGAAUAGAUAUACAAUAAAACUACAGGGUAACAGAUUUCCCAAUAUAUUUUCCAGCAGUUGUUGUACAUACGCAUAUCAUACAUUGAUGUUACAACAAAACUAAAUGACAAUACUGAUAUUAGUUACAAUAAUGUAGAUGUAUAAAUGUAUGAAUGUAAUCUAGCUAUAAACAGAGCCCCUAGGGGCGCUCUCUGAGCCCGGCGCCCCUAGGAACCCCUGUUUGCUCACAUUUCUGCUGUACAGUAGACCGACUGAGGCUACAUGUACAUCUAUUUGUACAUAUAUAUGCUUGUUUUGAUACUUUGGCUGACCCUGUGGCCGUAUACACCCCUGUAGAUAGAAUACAACAAUACAAGAAUUUGUCAAGCUUUAA